UUCUCCCGGCUUCCUUUGGCUUCGCGUCUCGCGACGUCACAAGGAACCCCCGCGCCUGCAGCGCCCCCACCCCGCGUCCCCAGCGGGGCCCCGAGACUCCUCAGGUCCGGCGGGAGAGUGGGGUAGGAUCGCGGCGACCCUGGGGGAGGCUCCGAUGGUGUCAUUAAUUAUCGGGAAGUGACGGUUGUCAGGCGCGUUAGUCCGCCUGUCGGGGCCUCGGCCUGCAGAGGAGGCAGGCGGCUCGGGGCCUGGGGCGCCCCCGGAGCCCCGGGGCUCGAGCUCGGCCACGCCCACCCCGGAACAGAAUCGGAGGCGGAGCCAGGGGCGAUUAGAGCCCUGGUGCACUUACGGGGGGGGCGGGGCUCGGGAGCGGGCCUCCUGCGGCUACUCCCUCCCCUCUCCAUUCCUGGGAGCCCCCUUGCUACCUGGCUAAGGAACCCCACAGAGUGCGGGCUUUAUUAUUGUGAAGUAAUUGUCAACAGCUAGAAACAGAAGGAAAUGGCUUUUUAAAAAAAGAUGUUACCAACCACGUCAAUGAAUUCCCGAUUACAGGGGAAUGGUGCCUUGAGCUCCAGGGAUGCAGCAAGGCACACAGCGGGAGCAAAGCGCUACAAGUAUCUUCGGAGGCUCUUCCGAUUCAGGCAGAUGGACUUUGAGUUUGCCGCCUGGCAGAUGCUCUAUCUUUUCACUUCCCCACAAAGAGUUUACAGAAACUUUCAUUACAGAAAACAAACGAAGGACCAGUGGGCAAGAGAUGAUCCUGCCUUCUUGGUAUUGCUGAGUAUCUGGCUCUGUGUGUCCACUAUAGGAUUUGGAUUUGUUUUGGACAUGGGAUUUUUUGAAACUAUAAAGCUUCUCCUUUGGGUUGUGUUUAUAGACUGUGUAGGUGUUGGCCUUUUAAUAUCAACUCUGAUGUGGUUUAUCUCUAACAAAUACCUAGUGAAACGACAGAGCAGGGACUAUGAUGUAGAAUGGGGAUAUGCCUUUGACGUUCAUUUGAAUGCUUUCUAUCCGCUACUUGUCAUUUUGCAUUUUAUCCAGCUUUUUUUCAUUAACUAUGUUAUCAUGACAGAUACAUUUAUUGGCUACUUUGUUGGAAAUACGUUAUGGUUGAUUGCUGUUGGUUAUUAUAUCUAUGUAACAUUCCUAGGAUACAGUGCCCUGCCAUUUUUGAAAAACACGGUAAUUCUUUUGUAUCCAUUUGCACCUCUCAUUCUGCUCUACGGAUUGUCGUUAGCACUGGGAUGGAACUUCACACACACACUGUGCUCUUUCUACAAAUAUAGAGUGAAAUAAAAAAAUGUGACUGUUAGCUGUCAACAGUAUUGUUAAAGUGGCUGAGAUUUCUUGUAAAAAGUGUAAAUAAAUUUUAAUUGUAGAUAUCUUGAAAAAUGUAAAGUUUUUGUGAAUUUUUGGAAAUAUUUACAACUUCAUGUUGACUCCACUCACAGUACAUUCUUUAAAACCUCAUGUACAUUUGUGUAAUAAAUAUUUUUAAACCAAAGUGUAAGCCUUUUCGGUUUUGACUAAGCAGUAAUUUUAAGUUAUUUUUUGGGAAGCAUUUUGAUUUUUACCCUUGCUUAACAGUAAUCUCCGUACUUCAGAAUUUCAAGGAUCCUUGAUUUUAUUGGUGAUCUCUAUCACAGAGCAAACAACUCUGCCUUAAUAGGCACUGAGAUCAAAAUCUUUUAUUAACCUGGUGGCUUAACCCUUGGUU